AUGUCGGUUGGGAAUCACCGUCCCUCUGGUUGCUUUCAGUGUAAAGCACUUGGCCUGCGCUGCAUUGGAGAUCUCCCCCGCUGUACACGAUGCAGAACUCUGGAUUUGACGUGCGAGGAGUUUACGUUUGUGGAGGAACCCGUGGAGCAAGGAAUUAGCCUAGGCCGUAGAGGAACGUGGUCAAAACAACAGAGAAGUAUUCUAGAUCUACCCGCCUCUAAGCCCGCUCAUCGAGAGAUGGUAUCGCUGGACGAGUACAGUGGCCGGUGGGUAUUCCUUAAUCUCACUGUGAAGAAUUACCUCGAGGACACAGGCGAGGUAGACUAUGAUUCCGACAAUGAGGACACAGUCAUGCAGGACUUGUCUGGUGAAUCGGAUGAUGCGCUUCAACUACGCUCUGUCCUAAGCCAUCCGCUUUCCGAAUACUCCCAUUCUGAGAGUUAUCUGCUCCAAUACUUUAUUCAGAGUAUCGGGCCGGAUUGUUCGCUCAGCAGCAUUGACAACCCAUACAUCACUUUGCUGACACCACUUGCUUUCUGCCAUCCAGCUCUCCGGAAUGCCAUGGUGUCUGUAGCAGCUAAUCAGCUUCGCUUACUUGGUGAUGCCCGAUAUGCCAACGAGGCGGCACUUUACAAGAAUAGAGCGAUACAGGGAUUGCAGCAGGCAGUCGAGCUCCAGAAUAUAGAUGAUGGAAUAAUAGGCACUAUUCUGAUGUUGUGCUUUUACGAUAUAUCGGAUAAAUGCGAUUCAUCUUGGGUAAAACAUCUCGAAGCAGGUCUGGACCUCUUGGACUGCCUUCCUUGUAGUGCUUCGUCAAGCCAGGGGUUGCGAAGGUUUUUCCAAAUGUAUUUUGUCGCCCACGCUAUCAUGCGUCGGACGGCAUCGCCAGGAAUGAUGUAUGAAAAUGGGCGAUAUGGUUGGUCAGAAAACGAUAAUCUUGAUGAGAUUGAUACAAUAAUGGGCUGCUCACGGCGACUCAUGGGGAUGACCAAUGACAUUUCUGAUCUACCUUCCGAUGAGCAUAUGGUAAACGUACAUCUCCUCAGCUUUCAACUCAGCAAAUCGACACGCGUCUAA